ACAGUAUGACAGAGACAAUAUAGAAGAUGUAUGGGAUGUUUAUGGUACUGUAUCAUGUAAGGCGGAGUUAGAGGGUACCAUGCCAACCGUUACCAUGACAAUAUCACAACCAACAGAAGGGGAGGUCACUCCACUCAAUAAUCUGAUUAUUCAUCCAUGUGUUCAGAGUGCCGAUGCUUAUAUAUUGGAAGAAGGUAAAGACCGAGCUAUACCAAGGAGAGUUAGAUUUACCCCACCUCUAGAGAUGAUAACAUUAUGUCAUUAUCGAGUCAACCCUACAAGACAGCCACCAAUCACUGGCAGCUUUGACCUAUUUGCAGAUGAAGACAGGGUAAAGAUCAAAGUUCAUCUGAGAUUGUCUGAAAAUAUAAAGAACUCCUUUGAAUACUGUGAACUUCAGAUCCCAUUUGGUAAAAGAGGUGCAGUAACUAUCCAAGAGUCUUCUUUAAACCAUGGUACCUUGCUUUUGUCACCUGACAAAAGUAUUGUAGUAUGGAAUAUUGGACAACGGUUCCCUGUAAAACAACUGGAGAUUAGCAUGUCUGCAAGUUUAUUCCUGGGAAACAGUCAGACCAAAAAUACCGGUUCCCUGGAGGAACAGUUUUGUACAGGUCAAAAUGCUUAUGCUCAGUUAUUUUUCAAGAUAGUAGAUUUCACACAGUCUGGUUGUUUUAUUGAUGCCAAAUCUAUACAAGUGUCACCAGCAAUGAAAUAUAAGCUGACCUGUGUUCGAGAAUUUCUAUCAUCUGAGUACAAGUUAUGGAAUGUCCAUGGUGAUAGUCUGGUUUCUGCAAUUCCAAAAUGUCUUAGUGAUCAUCAGACUGUAGAAACGUGACACAGUCUAUUCUAUUUAUAGUAUAGGCCAUUUAAAGACUUCACUAUUUAGAAUUUUAAAUAAAAGUGCAAUAUAUUUUUAUAUGAAAAUGAGUGCAUGCUAUGUUUUUAAUUAGAUGGAAAUAUGUAUAAAGUCAUCCUUUUGAUGUACAUGUUUAUAUGCUGCAUUAUAAAACUUAUUAUAUUCCAUUGUUAUUGUUGAUAUUAUAAAAGUAUGUAUAUUUUAUAAUAAAGUUAAACAAAGAUAAGAAAUAUUUUAAAAGUUUU